AUGUCGAUUCCUACAUCCUCAGCCGUGCGUGGCGCACCCAGCUUGAACGUGCCCUCUUCCCAGAACACCGCCCCGGUCAUCAAGUUCCGCUGCCUCUACACUCACGAUGUCCGACGGAAAGCCAAACGAUGGCACGACGGCUACCUUCGCUACCACACCUUUAACAAACGGGUCAUGGUGUACGAUACCCCGGGAAACUUCAUCGGAGACCACCACUGGCGACAAGACGAGCAGAUUCAGGAUGGCGAUGAGCUCGAGCUGGACAAGGGCGUCCUCAUCCAGGUGGGGGAAUGCAUGGAGAGAACGCAGACAGACCUCUCGGGCUUGUUGGAGAAGAAGAGACCGAGUCAGGGCUCGCCGGUGGCAAAGGAACCCUUGACCCAGGUCUCGCGGGUCUCGUCGCAGACGCCUCGGUCCCUGAACGAUUUGCUCGGCAUACGCAAGACCCCCAUGGGACGAGCAUGCGUUCCCAAAUCACCAUAUGAAGAACGUCAUCAGCAGCGUCAGCAGCAGCAGCAGCAGCAGCAGCCAUCGUCUAGCGACACAUCUAAUGUGGAACGGGCUUCAAAGCGUCAAAAAAUCACCACGGAAAAACUCCAUGAAAAGAGUGCCAAUGCGCCUAUUCGGCCCCAGCCAGUGGUCGAUCUCUGUGAAGAGUCGGAAAGUGUGCCUCAAAAGCCUAGGUUAUUGUCACGGCCGCCGCUCGUGUCGCAAAAUGCGAGAGCAGCGACCGCUUCAAGUGUUCAACUAUCGAAACCUCCACCCUCGGCCCCAUCAGGGCAGUCGAUUUGUCCGCAAAACAUGACGAAACCAACUACCACCUCGAGUAUCCAGUAUUCAAAGACGCCGUCUAAUACUUCGGGGCAAUAUGUUAUGCCACAGACCGCGAGGUCAGCAGCCAAGCCGCCUUCCAUCGCACCAGCUGCGAGAGUAGGGGCCACCUCACAGCUGACAUCCGUUACUGCGUCAGUACAAGAGACUGCAAGAUCGGCGGCCACAAACGCUCAACCGUCAACCAAGCUACCCUCCAUCACAUCAAGGCAGCCGGUUGAUUCUCCAAUGAGUGCCCAACCGAAAGACAACUUACAGGUGGGCACCGCCGAGAAAGCUGCUAGCUGCCAUCCACCAAGAAGCAACGCCAGCCCAGACGCACCGAUCAAUGCACUCCGCAUAUCAAGCCAGAAGCCACGGCGAAAACUGAUGUACCGAGAAUUGCUACCCGGCCAGACGACCUCGAAAUCUACGAGCAAUGUGCCCUCUUCCGCAGAGCCGGAGCCGGAGGCAGACAAGGAGAAUCCCCAGUCACCGGAGCAACUUUCGAGCCCUCGACCAAUUCAAGUAGCUCAACCUCAAAUACCUCAGCCAACCCCAGCAUCAAAAGCACCUCAAAUACCUCAGGUCACUCAAGUAGCUCGACCUCGAACAGCUCGACCAGUUCAAGCACCAGCUCAGCCACCUCAAAAAGCUCAACCGAUUCACCUACAACCGCAGACUGGUCCAAUUCAAGCGCAGCCAAGACUCCCCAGAGCAUCGACAAAACUCGCCCCCUCUCUCAGCGAAAGCGCACCACGGUUCCACCCGACGAUUAAGCGCCAAGAGAACCUCCUCCGCAAGUCUCACUCGGACCCAAGCGCCCUCGAGACAGGGUCAAGUCGACACCUGCCGGGGCGCUGUCCGGAGACACUGCAGGACCACUGCAAGCCGCAAGGGCCGUGGACGGCGGAGGCGAUGGAUCUAUUUGAUUUCUGGCCUCCGGGAAGACCUAAGACUGUACAUAAUCAAGACCAUUGA